AUGGCUGCUGAUUCAAAACAUUCUGCUCUUCAAGUUGCUUCGCCUUGUUGUGAAAAUCAAAGCACUUAUCCACAGAACCAAGGUAAUAUGUGACAGGACUUUCCCCUGGAGCUCAAAAUCUCAGCUGACUUUCUGAUUUUCGGUUUUUUAUAGGGACCUAUUCUUGGCAAGCAGAGCUUCGUGAUAUUCGAGAUUGCAGGAAAAUAAACGACAUUCUCGAACGAAGAAGCACUGAAAUUCGUAAGCUUUACGAGGAGUGCCAAGAUUCAUGUAAGUUUCAUUUUCAAAUUCUUUUUUUUUGCAACAAGUGUGUUGCGUAUUCAGCUGCAAGAUUUCCGUACAGCCGCAUACAAUUAUUAUGCAUGCAUGUUUUGACAAAUGACUGUUUUGAGUUUUCACACUGGCAUUUCACAUUUCAUACAUUCAUAUGUACGGUAUUUUACACUGCUUUUUUUCUUCUCCUCGCCGCGAGGGUUUCUUUUAUUUUUCUCAUCACGAGGAGCACGAGACACUUGACGUUGCCAUCCCUUUUCUGAUGGUUGUGAAGAAUAAAUAUCGUUGAUUUGAGAAUUCAACAAAUCAGUUAAACAAAUCUGAUUGAUCCCAAAAAAACAUACCCUACAUUUAGUAUAAACUAGUGUUGUGUUUGAUUUAAAGUGUGUAGUAUUUGUUGUUUGUAGCAUUUGUGUACCAAAAUUGUGAAUUUCUAUACAGGGGCAAGUUUAAUAAACUGUAAUUUGCAAGUGUGCCCAUUGUUUGAGUGUCUAAAAACAACACUUGUAAAUUAUAAUUGUAAUAGUUUUAUUAAAUUGACCCCGAGUUUAAAAAUCAAUGAAAUAGAAACAUAUUGAUCGCUGGCUUCUUUUUACAGUGGAUGAAUGUCGUCGUCUUGAGGCGGAGUGGUUCGCUUUAGUUACAGAAAAAGACAAAAACUUUCGCCAACAAAUUGAAGAGGUAAGUAAUAGAUUAAGCUUGUCAGACAGGCUGGUUAAUAUCAAACUUAAGGCUUUAAGUCACACAAAAACCAAGAAAUGAGGUCUCGGGAGAGUUGUGUUGUUUUUUAGAUUCAUCUUUUGCUUGAUAUAAUGUGUGGUGGUAUAUACAGAACUGGAAGAAAGAUGAUGGGAGACCAAUGUUUAAAUAUAAGACUACUAAAAUGAUACAGGGUGCAUUGAUUCCUUUUUGAUGAUCAAGAUCAAGAUUAGUGAUCCCAUCAUCCCAAAGAGACCCAAGGGUGAUAGUUGGAUCUUUUUGAAAAAGUUUGCUGCUGUUUCUCCUGACCUGACUCACCACCCCUUGGUCUCCGAGGAUGCGAUCACUUGGAACAAAGCACAACAAAGGAGCGAACAAAGGGUUGCCCAAAGAGGAUUAAUUUUAUUGUUUCCUUUGAUACAUCUUAAUCUGAGUGAUCCCGCAUCCCUGAUCCUGAUCUGGAAUAUACCAAAGGAAAUGCAACCAAAGUCAAACAUCCAGAAUUCAAACACUGGUGAGGAAAAACUGCGGGGCUGGUGUCAAUGAUGGGAGUGUUCAUAUUAUAGAUAUAGGGAUUUCAAGAUGUUUGGUGUCUUUGGGACCAAGGGAACUGUUUUUUAUAUUAUCAGAGAGGUAUAGAGGAAGCUUCAUCUGUAAAAAUGGUCAAGCCAAGGUCCAAAUAACUAAAAGGUUGUUUUUCUAAACCUACAGGAAAAUGAAGAAACCAAGAGGAAUCAGAUGAAACAACUGUAUGAUGUCCUUCAAUCACUGGGUACUUUCAGUUUUGAUAAACCAAAUGAAGCAGUUUUGAAGCGAAACCUGGCAAAGAUGUACCACCAGAUUGGGAAAUACUGCCAAAGAAAUGACAUAGACAUCACAAAAAGGUCCACAGUCAAGAUGAAAUCAAAUGAAGUUCAUGAUGAGAAUACCAGUGCCACAACCUCACCUUCCCAGGUAGUCAUUCCACCUCCCCCGCCACCACCCCCUGUAGGAAAUUUGGCAGCUCUUGUCACAUCAAACAGUGUUUUGAAGGAAAGAGGUUCUCAAAGUCACCAGGAAAAGAAUUUCGAACCAGUCAAACCAGAUCCAGCUACACCAGGCAAUCACCUUAAUGAAGAGCUCCUUAACAGAAUAAGAAAUGGGUGUCGUUCUGAUCUAAAGAGUACGCCAGUCAAACGUUCGCCUGGUGGCACGCCACUAAAAAGACAAAGACGGAUGUCUGAGAGUGACACUUCUGAUUUGAUAACUGUGGCACUGAAGAGGAAAUUCCAACAUACAAUUUUCCAUAGCCCUAAAGAAAGUGAUUCACCAAGAUCUGUUGUGUCUCCUGGAGAUAUAUAA